AUGACUCGAAAAAUACAGAAAUUGUCCUCCUCUCGCCUGUUAUCAGACGCAUCCAUGCAAGAGCACUCGAGUACGGGGAUUGCAUUGAUGAAGAACUUCAAAAUGGCGGCCAAAACUUCAUGUCUAGGCCUACAGAUCUGUUGUGUACAAGGAUCGUGGGCACAUUAUGGGGGGCUGUUCUUUAAAAUUACACAUGCCGAUCUUCAAAAUCUCGAUGCGGCUGCCUCAUUGGGUCUGGAUCACUACACGGCGGCCGUCAGACAAUCUGCGGGGAUAAAGGUAUACUGUGAAGAUAAAUUCGGGGCUUUAGUCUUUCUUGCCUUCUGCUUACUUGUUGGUGUACUCAUUCGCGGUGGGGGCAAGAGCAAAUAUACACAGGAUUAUCAACUUUGA